UGUUUUGUGAUAAAUAUGCGACAUAAUAAACAGAUACGCAGAUGUAAGACAAAGGAUCACAGAAAAGGCGGAAAAAAUAUCUGGGAUUCAGCUAUGGAAAGAAAAAAAUAUAUUUUCGAGAUUGUAACUUUAAUUUUAUUUAUACAUUACGCAAAAGGUACGAUAUAUGAAUCAUCAGUAUGCGCAAAGACAUCACAAGGUGUAUUUUCCCGAUUUCAGUAUCCAAAUUUAAACAACAGUCUUGUGCAGUUUAAAAAUUACAACAACAGAAUUAAUAUUGUGGUAAACGUUGCGAGCUUUUGAGGUUUAACCGUGACCUCAUACACCCAGUUAAAUGCACUUAUAACGAAGUAUGGAGGCACUGGAAGUUGUUCACUAAAUGUCAUCGCUUUUCCGUGCAACCAAUUCGCCAAUCAAGAACCAUCUUCGAACGCAGAAAUACUAAAUGUCUUAAAGUUUGUUCGUCCAGGGAAUGGUUUCCAACCGAAGAUGGAUAUUUUUUCUAAAGCAGACGUAAAUGGUGCUUCGGAAAUCAAAUUAUUUUCCUGGUUAAAGAGCGUUUGUCCAUCACCAGUUGACGUGUUAUCAUCUUCCAAUACAGUACUUUGGAGUCCAAUUCGUAAAACAGAUAUUCAAUGGAAUUUUGAGAAAUUUCUGAUCAACCACAAUGGAGAACCAUUCAAAAGAUACUCUGCUGAUACUCCACCGUUGACGAUGGAAGAAGAUAUAUAUGCGCUAAUUGAGCAAUGUAAGAAAGAGAAAUAUUAUGAAGGGGUCCUGACAAAUUAAAGCUAAGGCAGUGCAUUUAUCUAAACAAAAUUUUCAUGAUACAAAAAAAGUACUUCACUUGAAAUAGUUAUGGAAAAAAACAUACUAGAAUUACUUACUAAACUUUCUGUUUUUACAAUUGCAUUUUCAAACUUAAAGUUACUACCUACUAACUGCCCCGUUGUAUACUUUGACUUCAGUAGCUUUUAUACGGACCAGAAAUGAGGUUUCAAAACCGCAGUGAAAUUUCCUCGUAUUUACAUGGAACUUUUUAUAUCGAAGAUGUGAAUUUUGUUUCGGCAAAUCAUUUUUACAAAAUAUUUUGAGAGAAAGAACAACAUUUAUAAAGACUGGACAUUGAAAUGAAACUUCGUGUGAAGGCUAACUUAGAAACUUUCGCGGGAAAAUACGCAUUUAAGAAAA